AUGCUUCCGAAGGUCCUUCUUAUUGCGGUCUUGGCUUUGGCCUAUGUCACUGCGAAUCCAGCGAUCGACAAUUCUGAUGAAGAUGGUGAGAAUAGAUCAUCUCAAUUUCCAAUGUUUCUUUUUUAGAAUUUUCUGAUCUCAUCGGGGCAGAUGAAGGCUUGGUUCCUUUUGAAUACGGUGAGUUUCAACAAAAGGGAAGAAAAUUAUAACUGCAGAGUUUGCAGCUCUGAUGUCGCCAGAUGGAGACUUGAUUCCCAAUGAAUUUGGUGAGAAUGCGCUCUGAAGACGUUCAUAAGUGGAAAAGUUGCAGCUGUCAUGUCGCCUCAACUUCGUAGAUUCCUGCGCUGUGUGAGAGGAUGCCGCAGACGCAGAGCCGGUCCGCGUUGCUCCAAGAGAUGCGUCAAGACUCAUCCCUUCCCUGUAGGAAUACCAAUGAGAUCAGAAGUUCUGAAGAAGUUUUUUAGGCUUCUGGAGGCGGCGGCAGCAGUGGCGGCGGAGGCGGCGGCGGCGGAGGUGGCGGUGGAGCCGCAACUCCAGCUCCGGCCGCGACGACGACUGCAGCUGGAGGAGCUGCGACUACGGCUGCCGGAACUGCGGGUGGAGAAACGACUACUGCCGCCGCAACCACUACUGGUGCGUUGAGAUUGAGGCUCCUUUCAAAUCAGUUUUCUCCCUUUCAGCUGCUGCUUAAGUUUCUGCUCGAGUUCCUCUACAUCACUCCUGUGGACGGCCGCUAA